UUAUUUUAAUAAUUUCGCUAAAAAUGGCUAAAGUUUACUUACUUUUAUUCUUUAUUGUAAUUUCGGGGUGUAAAGCGUUGCCUCUGGAAGAUGGCGACGUAGUUAUUGAAGCAGCGAAUAGCAUAGAUGAUAAUAAUGAUGAUGCUGAUGAUAUAAAGAUCAACUUGUCGCAUCUUGGGCCUCAACUAUACGGUUCUCCUAACAGUGAAAGCGGUGACGCAGUAGCGAAAUGGAACGAGUCAUCACUCAUGAACCCUGAGGAAAUGGGGGAGUACGCAGAGGGUGAUAUACUCAUCCCAAAGCUGGAGAGGAACGGAAUGAGAGAUGAGACCUCACGGUGGCCUAACGGCAUCAUACCUUACGUCAUCGAAGGACGAUACAAUCAAGAACAACGCGACAACAUCAUGAAGGCGAUAGCUGAUUACCACCGCUUGACGUGCCUCCGCUUCGUCCCGUACAACGGCCAGAAAGACUACAUCACCAUACAGAGCGGCAAUACUGGAUGCUGGUCCAGCGUUGGACGGAUUGGUGGGCGUCAAGAAGUGAACCUGCAAAACCCAGGCUGCGUGUCCAAGAAGGGCACAGUAUUACACGAGCUUUUACAUGCUGUGGGAUUCAUGCACGAGCAGAGCCGUCCCGAGCGCGAUGACUACGUGGAUGUGCGCUACCAGAACAUCAAGUCGGGCUCGCAGAACAACUUCAAGAAGUCUGACGCCAAGGACACGAACGACUUCGGCGUGAGUUACGACUACAACAGCGUCAUGCAUUACUCCGAGUACGCUUUCUCCAGCAACGGACGGAAAACUAUCGAGCCUAAGGUUGGCAGCGUGACCCUUGGCCAACGAGAAGGCUUGAGUCGCGGCGACGUGAAGAAGGUUAAUUCCAUGUAUAAAUGCCAGAAAGAAGAGCCACAGAGCGGCUGGCUCGGAGCGGUGUGGCAAGGACUCUUUGGGUAGAUAGUCUAUUAUUUUCAUUCGGUGCUAGCAUUAAUAUGACAAACUUAUAGAGAUAAACUAUUGACAACACCUAUGUGCCGUCGAAAA